UGUACAACUGAUUUGUUUGCAAAAUUCGCUAAUUAUUCGUUUUCUGUCUGACUAAGUGCCAUAAGAUCUAAAGACUUUGUGAAAAUUUUCAACCUUUUAAUUAAUGAAACUCACAUAUAUGAAUCUUUGUAAUACGUACAUGCGUUAUUUGAAAAUCGAAUUUCGAUUCUGAAUUUAGUGCAGAAAUUAUAGUCAUUUGAACAUAGAAUUUUGAGAAGUAAAAAUUCGAAAACCGCGCAUAAGAGAUUGGUACCAAAUCAGUCUAGUGACGUCACAGUAGGAUCCGGUCAGGCCUAUUGACCCACGAAAACAUUAGAGCGUGUAUUGUCGAAGUGUUCUUGUACUGUAGUUGGCGGCCCGAAAAAGUCACGCAAAAUAGAAAAUGCCAAAUAGAUGUAUUGUGGCUGGUUGCUCUAAUGUCUCUAAUGUAAAAAAAGGAGUCUCGCUUCAUUGCAUACCGUUUUCCGGAGAUGAAAGGCCAGAAGCCAAAAUAAGACGUAAACAAUGGAUUGAUUUCGUACGGUUGAAACGGGCAAAAUGGGAUCCAACACCUAAUUCCAGUAUUUGCUCAGCACAUUUCGCAACAGAAGAUUUUUCGCAAAUGUUUUCUGGUCUGUCGGCUAAAGUACCUAGAUUAGCUACCGAUGAGAUUGGCGUCGUGGCAGUCCCUAAAUAUAAUACUGCAGCUGAAUGUCCCCCGUCAGCAAGAGCCAAGAGAAGGGUUUUAAAGGAAGCAUUGUCCACAAGUUUGUCUCGACCAGGAGAAUCAGAAGAAGAGCCAGAGGAUUUCGAACACUGCGUGCCAAUGGAAUUAAAUGUGGAUGAAGAGAUACCAAGCGAUGUUCCUUGCAGCAAAACAAACAGCGCUUUGACUCAGACAGAUGGUUGUGUUGGUUGUGCGUACCUACUGAAAGAGAAAAGGAAAACAUGGAACAAAUAUGUAGCUCUAAAAGCAAAAUACGAUGAAUUAGUGAAAGCCAAACGUUCUAAAGGUGUUCAGUGCAAUAUACUGAAUGACGAAGAGGUCAUUCAGCACAGAGCUGAAUCUGAAAUGACGGCAGGCAACGACGUAAAUGAAGAGUCUGAAGACAGCGAAGUUGAAAUGGACACGGUUGCGGACGACGAUUUUAAAAUAGAAGACGAGGCUGAAUCGGGAAGAUCGGAAUUUGAUGAAUUAGAAGAUGAAUGCAGAAGGAAUCCUAAAGAAAACAUACGGAAGGAAGAAAAAUACAUUGUUUUCCAAUCCCAGUUGAUGUUACCGUUUAAAUUUUGCCAUGUUUGCAAGGCAGAUAACCCGCUCGUAGAAAUGGUAACAGAUGGUACACUAGUUGUUGUCAAAACAACCUGUGGAAACCCCGCGUGCGAUAAAAGGAAUAACAUCUGGAAAAGUCAGCCACUUUUGCCAAACACAAAAGUAAAUGCAAGAGACUUCCUUUUAAGUUUUGCCAUACUUGUUUCUGGAGGAUCUUCCACCAAAGUGAUCAACAUGUUUCGACACAUGGGGCUUGCUACAAUAUCUAAUGAGUCUUUCUAUAGACACCAAGUGAAAAUGGUGCUUCCGACAAUCUUUCUUCACUGGAAAGACUAUCAAAGAAAGAUUCUUGAUAGAUUACAGGCUCUGGAAUCAAUUACCAUUUCUGGUGACGCACGACAUGACAGCAUGGGUCAUAGUGCAAAAUAUGGUGCUAAUACAAUAUUUUGUUGUACUUCAGCUGAAAUAAUCGAUUUUAGUUUGAUCCAGAGAAAUGAGGUUGGAAGCAGUGCUAUUCGGUGCUAUUCGGUGCUGGUCGCUAUUCAGUGCUUGUUCGCACUCUUCUAUUUCUGUGCAACACUGACACUCUUUAACAUUGUGAAGAAGCUCAACUCGACAAUUGCCACAUUUACACCUUAAAACGUUAUUUUCAAAACUUAAUAAAGAAGCUCUGUACUGUAAAUUUCAUUUAAAAGAAAUCCCGACGAAUUAUAUUACAAAACCAUCAAAUAA